AUGUUACGAUACCGAGUACUGUUUAGGGACGUCGACAAAUCUGCUUUUAAUGUCGUAAAAUGUAAAUAUUCGUCGGAGAAAGAAACUAAGUAUGUACCAGCAGUGGCAGAAGCAGAAAAAAAAUUAAAAUUCAUCAUGAACUUUUUUUAUUCAAAUUACUUCACGGUGCUCACUUUGGGCCCCGACUCGUGUCAAGUAAAUAUGACGUGA